CGCUUUGGGAUGCAAAUGAGGCGCAGCGCGUGCGCCUCGCGAGGAGGAGGAGGGCUUGUUUAUGGAACCUGUGCCGGGAGCCACGCGCCGGGCGCGCGAAGUUGCCAAGCGAGCUUCCCAUUGGGUGGGAGGCGACUCGGGAGCCAAGCGGGCGGCGGGGGGUUGCGCGCGGGGUGUGCGGCGCGCGCCGCGUCGCGUGCUGCUGCCGGGGGCCCGCGAGCGGCGGCAGUAGCGCGUGUUGAUAAGGGGCAGAGCGGUGAGGCGCUGGCUGCAGAGGUGCUGGGCAGCGCGCGAGGAGCAAGAGCGAGGGAAGGAGGAACGAAGCGAGGAAGGAAGGAAAGCGGGGACGGGGCGCGCUCGGGUCCAGCGCCUUCCCACCGCAGCCGGCCUUCACCUUUGCAUCCCAAGGGAACCCCGACUCCAGCCUGCUGCCGCUUCGAUUUUGCGCGCCAAACUCCGGAUCUUAGCGAAGGCGCCGAGGCUAAGAGCCGGGAACAUCGAUGCCCCAAGAUGAACGGCGGGGCGAUCGCGACGGCCACGCAACAGGCGCCUGGCGAGAGUUUCCCUUUGGGCGGCAGCGUCGCCCACCCGGGCUCCUCGUUGGCGAUCCGGCUGCAGGCGGGACCCUCUCCGUCGGGGCAGCCUCCGCAGUGGGGCGCUGCUAAAAGCGGCCCCGGCCCGGCUGCGCAUUCCUCGUCGCGCUGCAAAAGCGCCAAGCGGCGCUCCAGCUCGCCGGAGCUGCUGCGCUGCAAGCGGCGCUUGGCGUUCCCGGGCCUGGCCGGCCAGGCGGGCGUCGGCGGAGCUGCGGCGGUGGCGCGGCGCAACGAGCGCGAGAGGAACCGCGUCAAGCUGGUCAACCUGGGCUUCCAGACGCUGCGCCAGCACGUGCCCAACGGCGCCGCCGCCAAGAAGAUGAGCAAGGUGGAGACACUGCGCUCGGCCGUCGAGUACAUCCGGGCUCUGCAGCAGCUCCUCGACGAGCACGACGCCGUCAGCGCCGCCUUCCAGGACAGGCUCCUGCAGCCCGGCCGCAUCGCCGCCGCCGCCGCCGCCUGCGCGGGCGGAGGAGGCUGCAGCGGCAGCUCGUAUUCCUCCGCCUCGCCCUCCUUCGACGGCCGCGACGGCAGCUCCGUGCCCGGCUCGCCGCGCUCGGCGUAUUCCUCGGACGAGAGCGGCUACGAGGGGGCGCUCAGCCCCGAGGAGCAGGAGCUGCUCGACUUCACCAGCUGGUUCGGCAGUUACUGACCCCCAGCCGCCACCGCCGACUCCGUCGAGGGAGCUCGCUCUCAACAACACUGAAAGGAGCGCUGUGUAGAACUUCAGUACCUCAUUGUCCCAGGCACCCGUUAAGAUGCAGCAGAAGAGCAACAAGGACCCUUAAUUUAACAUGCUUCCUACUUCCCUUGAGCCUCAUUGCAAAGGAUAUCAAACGCUCAGAUCCUUGUGACAUCUGACAUUGUUCUUUCAUGAAACAAAAGACUAGUGGCUUGUGAUCUUUCUUUCUUUCUUUUUAAAAAAGUGCAAUUAUGUAAAUAAGUAAUGGGGCCAAAGAUUAUACCUGCUGUUGUACAGUAGUAUAUGGUGCCCCCUCUUGAGUUCUUGAAUUACCAAUGAAAAAGCUUAUUUCUGAUUCCAGUGGCAGAUGGAGAUUACUGGGCUUCCACACUUAAUACGUGCAUACUUUUUUAUAUGGGAAGGGGUGAAAUAAUUAAAACUUGAUGCUUCCUUUUUUCUGAAUGGGAAGGGGACUAUUGCCAUGUCAGAAAUUAACUUUAUACGUGUAACUUGAACUGCCUGUGUGAACACUGUUGAUAUGAAGACUUAUUUUUGUACAAAAAUCUCUAGAAAUUGCAAUUGGAGAGGAAAUAUCUAUAGAAGUCUGUUGCACCCUUGACUUCUUAACACUGCCAGCUUAUACAACUUAGAUAAAGUUUCCUAACAUUUUAUACUAAAGGAGUGUAAAACUGUGUUGAAUAUGAUGUCCAAGACUUUGUUUGUAUUUUGUUUUUGGGUCUGGUGUGAAGGUUCAAUUCUCUGGAGAAAAACAACAACCCUGAAGUUUUAUUUUUAAUGUAUUGAAGGUAUUUUUGUAUGCACUUGUUAGGAUUUGUUGAGAUGUAUAUAUGCAGUUUUUAAAGAGUAUCCUAUUUUAUGUAAAUCAACUUUAUAAAUAAAAUCUAUUUAUAAAUAG